AUGUCAGGACAGCAGAAGCAUCAAAUAGUUAGCAUUCCCGUCAAUCGUGAACCAAGAUCAUUCGAAAAACAAAGACGUGAUCUGUUAACAGGCUUAGAACGUGGAGGUAGUGGGAGUAGUCAUUCUGGGAAUUCUAUCACGCCAUAUCAUGAUGACUGGACCGGUACAGUAGACCAUUGGGUCAACUCAGCAUGGAGAAGAUGGGAUGAAGAUAUGCGUCGAUUGAGGAGAGGGAUGUUUGCAUUAUUGCCAGUGGAUCAUUUUCCUCUAUCAACUCAUGAUCCAUUCGCUUUAAUGCAUCAAAUGGAGCAUCAUAUCCAGGAUAUUCGAGACAGAAUGGGUACACUGGAUGUUCCGUCUACUGCUUCAGCUAGCGAUUUCUUGAAGGAUGCCUAUGAAGUUGGUGAAGAUGGGAAGGUACAUUUUAAGGUGAGAUUUGAUGCAAAGGGCUUCGAUCCAGAAGACAUCAAUGUAACAUCGAGUGACAAUCGUCUGACAGUGCAUGCAAAGAAGGAGACGGUGAAAGAUGGUGGAAAGAGCAUUCGUGAGUUCUGUCGUAUGGUUGAGCUUCCACGAAGCAUUGACAACAAUCAUUUGAAAUGUCGUCUCACAGAUGAUGGUGUUUUGAUGUUGGAAGCACCUGUGAAGGUUCCUGAAUAUCAGUCACUAACACUGAAUGAGUCUGGUCAGGUGGGUGUUCGCCCGAAGUCAGAUAGUCAGCUGCAAGCAGUUCCUUCUUCGAAGGCUCUUGUCGUGAAAGGUACUCAUGGCCCAACGGUUUUGGAUGAUGGAUCUGGUGGAAAGCUCCUGCACGUAGAAGUUCCAGUGGAUCCUGUCUACAAGCCUGAGGAUUUAUGUGUGAAUGUGGAUUCGGGUCGUGUUGUG